CGAGUCUUUCUAGGUCCUUCUGAACUCCCUUGACUUGACUGCAAAAAUGGCCGGCAUAAACCCAGGAGACGAAAAACUUCUCUUCGAGUCGUCGGAGGCUGUGUCUGUUGUCUCGACGUUCGAUGACCUCAGUCUCAAGGAAGACUUGCUUCGGGGUAUAUACGCGUACAACUUCGAAAAACCUUCGGCCAUUCAGCAACGAGCAAUCCUCCCGAUCACACAAGGGCGCGAUGUAAUUGCCCAAGCCCAAUCAGGUACCGGUAAAACGGCCACCUUCUCCAUUUCCAUCCUCCAGUCCAUCGACAUCUCGGUUCGCGAAACUCAGGCUCUCGUUCUGUCGCCUACUCGCGAGCUCGCUACUCAAAUCCAGUCUGUUGUUCUUGCCCUGGGUGACUACAUGAACGUCCAGUGUCAUGCGUGCAUUGGUGGAACCUCUAUCGGCGAGGACAUUCGAAAACUUGAAUACGGCCAACAUGUCGUAUCCGGUACCCCAGGACGUGUCUUUGACAUGAUUCGGAGACGCGCCCUUCGUACUCGGCACAUUAAAAUGCUCAUUCUCGAUGAAGCCGACGAGCUGCUCAACAAGGGCUUCAAGGACCAGAUUUACGACGUAUAUCGCUAUCUCCCCCCGGCCACUCAGGUCGUUCUUCUCAGUGCCACCCUCCCAUACGAUGUGCUCGAGAUGACUACUAAGUUCAUGACCGACCCCAUACGCAUUCUAGUCAAGCGUGACGAGCUGACGCUUGAAGGCAUCAAGCAGUUCUUCGUGGCGGUGGAGAAGGAGGAUUGGAAAUUCGACACCUUGUGCGAUCUCUACGACACGUUGACGAUCACGCAGGCCGUCAUCUUCUGCAAUACUCGACGCAAGGUUGACUGGUUAACUGAGAAGAUGCGCGCUGCAAACUUCACUGUCUCAUCAAUGCAUGGUGAGAUGGUUCAAAAGGAAAGGGACGCGAUCAUGGCGGAAUUUAGAGGUGGAACCUCACGGGUACUCAUCACGACCGAUGUCUGGGCGCGUGGCAUCGACGUUCAGCAGGUUUCACUAGUCAUAAAUUACGACCUACCCGCGAACCGUGAAAACUAUAUUCAUCGCAUCGGUCGGUCCGGCCGGUUCGGUCGGAAAGGUGUCGCCAUAAACUUCGUCACAGUGGACGAUGUCCGAAUUCUUCGCGAUAUCGAACAAUUUUACAGCACACAAAUUGAUGAAAUGCCGGUCAACGCUGCUGAGCUUAUCUAAAUCUAAUAAUCGCCUUGCAACCGCAGUCC